AUGCACCCCGGGCCGCCCCGCGCCGCGCUCCGCCUGUGGCUGGGCUGCGUCUGCCUCGCGCUGGUGCAGGCGGAUAGCCCCUCGGCCCCAGUGAAUGUCACCGUCAGGCACCUCAAGGCCAACUCUGCAGUGGUGAGCUGGGACGUCCUGGAGGAUGAGGUCGUCAUUGGAUUUGCCAUCUCUCAGCAGAAGAAGGACGUGCGGAUGCUGCGCUUCAUCCAGGAGGUGAACACCACCACCCGCUCGUGCGCGCUCUGGGACCUGGAGGAGGACACCGAGUACAUCGUGCACGUGCAGGCCAUCUCCAUUCAGGGCCAGAGUCCGGCGAGUGAGCCCGUGCUCUUUAAGACGCCACGGGAGGCUGAGAAGAUGGCCUCGAAGAACAAAGAUGAGGUGACCAUGAAGGAGAUGGGGAGGAACCAACAGCUGCGGACGGGCGAGGUGCUGAUCAUCGUCGUGGUCCUGUUCAUGUGGGCCGGCGUCAUCGCUCUCUUCUGCCGCCAGUAUGACAUUAUCAAGGACAAUGAACCCAAUAACAACAAGGAAAAAACCAAGAGUGCAUCAGAAACCAGCACACCAGAGCACCAAAGCGGGGGCCUUCUCCGCAGCAAGGUGAGGGCAAGACCUGGGCCCGGGGGGCCCCGUGGCUGGCACCCUGGUAGUCCUCGGGCUGCAGAAGGGGUCAUUGGGGCCUGGCAUGGCUCCAGCUGGACAGAGCCAAGCUUGGCCGCUGCCCGUGUGACACAGGGGACACUGCAAAUUGAUUUUGGAUCCUCUCCUUUUGCAGGGUGCCAGGAGCCAGUAGGGGUUUAA